UGUGUGCGUGCGCGUGUGUGUGAUGGCCGGAGGAAGCGAAUCCUGAGCUAGAGUUCUUUGAGGAGAGAGCAGAAAGACGCACAGCGGGACUGGAAGAAGGACUGCGUUUGGAUAGGGGUCGGAGAAACACCGUCAGCGUGUCGUAAAACGUCGAGUUUGCUGUUGCUGUUUUAGUGAGCCGUGGCCGUUAUCUGUGCGCUGCUGUGUUGCCGGUGUGUGUGCGUGUGUGUUCCCUGUUCGGUGUAGAGAAAGCUGGCUGCGGGGAGUGGCGCCCCUCCGUAAAGCUCGUCCUAGAGACACGGGGGACUCUUUAUCUGCACUCUUUCCAGUCAAUGCAAUAUAAACCACGGAUUCCCACGACUGAGAACGGAUCAGUGAGUGACCCAGCGCGAGGCAGGAGUGAAGCACACCAUUUAGCAGAGGAAAAUGAGCGAACUCGACCAGCUACGUCAGGAGGCUGAGCAGCUGAAGAACCAGAUCAGAGAUGCCAGGAAAGCAUGUGCUGAUGCCACCCUGUCUCAGAUUACAGCAAAUAUCGACCCCGUGGGGCGAAUUCAGAUGCGUACUAGACGGACACUGAGGGGUCACUUGGCUAAAAUCUAUGCCAUGCACUGGGGCACUGACUCGAGGCUCCUUGUCAGUGCAUCUCAGGAUGGUAAACUUAUUAUCUGGGACAGCUAUACCACAAACAAGGUGCAUGCCAUCCCACUGCGGUCCUCAUGGGUGAUGACGUGUGCGUAUGCUCCAUCCGGCAACUACGUGGCCUGCGGAGGACUGGACAAUAUCUGUUCCAUCUACAAUCUGAAGACGCGUGAAGGCAAUGUCCGUGUUAGCCGCGAGUUGGCUGGCCAUACGGGUUACUUGUCCUGCUGUCGUUUUCUGGACGACAACCAAAUUGUCACUAGCUCAGGCGACACCACCUGUGCUCUUUGGGACAUCGAGACAGGGCAGCAGACAACCACAUUUGCAGGUCACACUGGAGAUGUGAUGUCUCUUUCUCUUGCUCCGGACACACGCCUCUUUGUCUCAGGUGCCUGUGAUGCCUCUGCCAAGCUGUGGGACGUUAGAGAGGGCAUGUGCAGACAGACCUUCACCGGCCAUGAGUCCGACAUCAAUGCCAUCUGUUUUUUCCCCAACGGGAAUGCAUUUGCCACGGGCUCAGAUGACGCUACCUGCAGGCUGUUUGACUUGCGUGCUGACCAGGAGCUUAUGGUGUACUCGCACGACAACAUCAUCUGUGGCAUUACCUCAGUGGCCUUCUCCAAAAGUGGCCGCUUGUUGCUCGCCGGUUACGACGACUUCAACUGCAACGUGUGGGACACCCUUAAAGCCGAUCGUGCAGGUGUCCUGGCGGGUCAUGAUAACCGUGUUAGCUGUCUGGGUGUUACUGAUGAUGGAAUGGCAGUGGCUACAGGUUCUUGGGACAGUUUCCUUAAGAUCUGGAAUUAAAGCCACAAGAUGGCAUCCAGACUCCAAAGUUGACUGGAAGACCAUUCCAACCUAUAAAUGUUUAAUUUUAUUGCAUAUCCAAUCUUUUCAAAUGCAUCACAACUGACCCCCCAUUAUCGGAAGAAACAACAGGGCAAAAUGAUUUUUCUUUCCAUAAAAAAGAGCACAAUUGUUUCAUUCAGUGGAUCACAUGGGAGUCAGUGGGUUCUACAUUACAUGCUGGGGGUGGGGUGUUUUUUUAUUUUUUUUUAUUUUAAGAAUGACACAGUUAGCGUUUCAAUUGAGGAUCAAAAACUCUUUUAUCUCCUAGUCUUUAACUAUUUUAGAAUUGAGUUUGUAGAUGUAUGGCGUUCAAAUUGUCUGGCGUAACAACCCAGCUUUUAUUGUGUGAGUAAUAAGGAACGGUUUGAGCAUGACCAGGGGUCCAUUAGCCACAGUCAGACCUGUUUAAGUUCCACUAUGUAUAUUUUUUUUGUUUUAUUUUUCUCUAGUCACAAGUCUUUGUUUGCACAGGAAUAAAACAUUGCAUACAUAGAAUGAUGUUGAAAAUGUUGACUAACCAAGCACAUGCUGUUAAUAAUGAAUGCUCAUUUAGAAAAAAAAAAAACAACAAAAAAAAAUCCCCAAACAACUAAAAGGUCCAUUUUAAUUGUGUUUCUCUUACUUGUAUUUGUCUGACAAGGUAGAGUAAUGAAAUGAAGAUAACUUGUCAUUUAAUAGUUUUAUUUUUAUGUUUUUCUUCUCCAUGUGUUUUUGGUUGAGCUUUGCGGGGGAGGCUGAGGGAGGGCGUUGGAGUUGCGUGUUUGGGCUUCAUUUCUACCCACCUUCAACAGAGGUGUCUGUUCCAUGCUUGGAAAACCGGUUACUUCUCUGUGAAUGACAUGUAAAAAUCAAUGUUGGAAAAUAAUGAUAUGGGGGGGAGCUUUUUAAGUUAAAAAAUAAUAAUAAAAAACUUAUUUUUGGUUGUCUGCCAUGGGUGGGUUAACUCUUAGAAUCGCAUGCUGUAGAAUUGCUUAAGAGGUGCAUAUGGAAAGUCCUUUGAUGUUUUUCUUUAAGGAAAAUAACCUGUUGAAUAGAUCAUCACAAUAUUUAUAUUCUUUUUUUGUUCUUUUGCUACUCUGUGCAUACAUAAUUCAAUUAAACUCACAAAGCUAUGCACUCGAGAGAAGCUACCACAUUGAUCGACCCGUUCUGUCCAUACCAAACACUCGUACACGACCCUGACACGUGGACAAGAACGCGCUCACACACACACACACACAUAUACACACACACACACACACACAUUCAAAUAACUAGAACAAAAAAUUUCAUUUUUUUUCUGUAGCAAGACAAAAAUGACAGAUACAAAGUAAAUAAUGCUAGAGACAUUUUGUAACAAACAGGUUUUAAUGUCCUUUAAUAAAAAUAAAAAAAUAAAAAAACUUGCAGCAUUUGAAUGGCAGAGUUUUUCUGUUGUUCCCUCUGCGUGUAAUGAGAGGCGCUCUUUCCUUAGCGGUAGUGGCAUUUCUUCCAUUCUGUUAUCCCUCUGCGACAUUCUGUACAAAAAAUAAAAGUUAUGUCGUUGUGCAUUAGGCCUGGAGUUGGCAACAAAAAGAAAACCUACAAAAAAGAGAUAUUAAAACAAUUCCCUUUUCCCUUCUCUUUCUGUCUGUCUCUCUUCAUACAAAUAACUGUAGAGCUCUGCACACCUUCACUGUAUCCUUAUCCAUCUUUUGUAUUUAAUUUUAAAUUCAGUGUACAACAGAAAGCUGGAUGCAAGAUAGAAACUAUAUUAAAAUGUACUGUUAUUUAAGAUGUAAUAAAGCAGUUUGAGAUGA